UCGCUAACGGAGAACCCCCUGCCUCCCCGGCAAAUCGGCAAUUCCAGCGGAAUUAGUAAUGCCACUGGCUCGAGUCUAACCUAUUCGUCUCCGCCGGCCCGCAGGAGUAGUCAGAAUCGGAAGAAGGGGAUUAUGGAGGGACAUUAGGGCCGACGUGGGAAAAAAAGGAUUCAGGAAGCGAGCGAUGGAGGAGGAUUCAUUGGGCGGCGAAGGUGGCGGCGGCGAUCCACGGCCGAGCCCCACGGCCUCGACGCGUAAGGGCAAGUCUUGCAAGGGAUGCCUCUAUUACUCCUCGCUCCUCAAAUCCGACGCCCGUAACCCCAUGUGCUUCGGCAUCAGCAGGUCUCUUCCGCAAGUACCUGGCUACAUUGUGGGAGAAUCUGAGAUGGAAGCUACGAAAGAUGGUCGUAGCCUUUCAGAUUUUAAAUACGCUUGUGUUGGUUAUGCAGUAUUCUUGGACAACAAAGAUAAAUCCACUGAGAAGGGAGAGAACCAGGCAGAGUUGCCAUUUUGUGCAGGCAUUGAGCUGUUGGUGGAUAGAAGAGCCUCAAAUGCUAGCCAUGUUCCUGCACAUGUUCACAAGGAAGGUAUCGUGAAACAUAGUAUGCUACCACUCGUUCUCAACCACGAGCAUACAAACCAGCACACUUCUCUGUGGAGGAGUUUUUCAGCAGGUUUUCAAGGAAUGCUGGACUGGUGGCUUCGGGUGUAGCUAGGAACCUCAAUAUACUGGGCAACUAUAUCAAAGAUCACAUUGAUGACAUUUUAUAUCCUUACCGCAGGCGACCGAAGUAGCGGGUCUAUCCCAACCCAUAUGUUUAAUCUCAACCGGGAAAUAACCAAUGCAAAGGGGGUUAUGGGUGUGUUACUAUUUCCAUUUUCUGUCAUAUCGGUUUAUUCUUGUAACUUGAGAAUAAUGCUUUUGUGAUAGUGCAAGAGACAAAUCAUUUAGAUGUUGCACAUGGAUUUGAUCAUUGCUAAUAGCGAUCAUAAAAGCUGAUCAAAGCAGUUCAUAGGUUAGCUAGAGAGUAUGACCAUAUUUUCCUCAAAAACCUUUUGCUUGUACCUAUGCAAACAAUCAGUAAUGAGCCAACAUGGUGGGUUUAUUUAUGUUCUCUUCUUUCCUCGGAAAAAGAAAAAAGAAAUUAUGUUC